AUGUCCGACUCCAAGUCCUACCGCAUCGCCUCCAUCCCCGCGGAUGGCAUUGGCCCCGAGGUCGUCGAAGCCGGGAUCACCGCUUUGCACGCCCUGGCCGACACGCUCAAGACCUUCACGCUGGAGUUUACCCACUACGACUGGAGCUCCGAGACUUACAAGAAGACCGGACAGUACAUUCCCGAUGGCGGUCUCGACUCUCUCAAGCAGCACGAUGCCAUUCUCUUUGGUGCCGUCGGUGCUCCUGACGUGCCCGACCACAUCUCCCUCUGGGGUCUCCGCCUGGCCAUCUGCCAGCCUUUCCAGCAAUACGCCAACGUCCGUCCCACCAAGGUCUUCCGCGGGACGCAGUCGCCGCUCCGCAACUGCACGACCGGCGACCUCGACUGGGUCAUCAUUCGCGAGAACAGCGAGGGUGAGUACGCCGGCCAGGGGGGUCGCUCCCACACUGGCAAGCCCUGGGAGGUGGCCACCGAGACUGCCAUCUUCUCCCGCGUCGGGGUCGAGCGCAUCAUGCGCUUCGCCUUCGAGGUGGCCCAGAAGCGGCCCCGCAAGCUCUUGACGGUGGUCACCAAGAGCAACGCCCAGCGCAACGGGAUGGUCCUCUGGGAUGAGGUCGCCCAGGCGGUGGCCCAGGACUUCCCCGAGGUCACCGUCGAUAAGAUGCUGGUCGACGCCAUGACCACCCGCAUGGUCCUCAAGCCCGCGACCCUCGACACGAUCGUCGCGACCAACCUGCACGCCGAUAUCCUGUCCGACUUGGCUGCCGCCCUGGCUGGCUCCAUCGGCAUCGCUCCUACCUCCAACCUCGACCCUACCCGCCAGAACCCCUCCAUGUUCGAGCCCAUUCACGGCUCGGCCUUCGACAUCACCGGCAAGGGGAUCGCCAACCCGGUGGCCACCUUCUGGACCGCGGCGGAGAUGCUCGAGUGGCUCGGGGAGACGGAUGCGGCCGCGAAGCUGCUCACCGCGGUGGAGAACGUGUGCGAGGCCGGUGUGCUGACCGCCGAUCUGGGCGGCACGGCCACCACCAAGGAGGUGACUGACGCGGUUGUAGCGGAGAUCCAGCAGCUGUAUGGUUAG